CUUAAAUAGACGGCUUUGAGCACAUCUGUCCCUCACCAAAAGUCAAGAGAGAGACAGAGACCAGUCUUCGUGAUAGCAAUUCGAUUCCGCGAUCAGACAACUUUCUCCAAACAAUCCAUGGCUGAGAUUGCUAGGGAUCUCCACUCGCUUCUCUCGUCUCCGGCAAGGGAUUUCCUCAUUCGUAACAACGGGGAACAGUUGAAAAUCGACAGCUUGAAAGGGAAGAAGAUUGGAUUGUACUUCUCAGCUGCGUGGUGCGGACCAUGUCAGCGUUUCACUCCACAGUUGGUUGAAAUAUACAACGAACUCUCUUCCAAAGUUGGUUUUGAGGUUGUCUUUGUGUCAGGGGAUGAGGAUGAAGAGUCCUUCAAAGACUACUUCUCUAAGAUGCCGUGGCUCGCUGUCCCUUUUACUGAUUCUGAAACCCGUGACCGCUUGGAUGAGGUUUUUAAGGUUAGGGGGAUUCCCAACCUGGUGAUGAUUGAUGAUGAGGGUAAACUCGUGAAUGAGAAUGGUGUUGGUGUCAUCCGAAGCUAUGGAGCUGAUGCUUAUCCUUUCACACCUGAGAAGAUGGAGGAGAUCAAAGAGGAAGAAGAGAGAGCUCGGAGAGAGCAGAAUUUGAAGUCUGUCUUGGUGACUGCUUCUCGAGACUUUGUGAUUUCUCGAGAUGGAAACAAGGUACCUGUAUCGGAACUUGAAGGGAAAACCAUCGGUCUUCUCUUCUCGGUGGCCUCUUACAGGCAAUGUACUGAGUUUACUUCGAAGCUUUUAGAGGUUUAUAAGAAGCUGAAGGAGACUAAUGAGGAUUUUGAGAUUGUUCUGAUAUCUCUUGAGGAUGAUGAGGAGUCUUUUAAGAAGGACUUUGAGACCCAUCCAUGGCUGGCAUUGCCGUUCAAUGACAAAAGCUCAUCGAAAUUGACUCGGCACUUCAUGCUGUCAACGCUACCCACGCUGGUCAUUCUCGGCCCUGAUGGAAAAACACUUCACUCGAAUGUUGCUGAAGCUAUUGAUGACUAUGGAGUUCUUGCAUAUCCUUUCACUCCAGAGAAGUUUGAAGAACUCAAGGCCAUUGAAAAGGCAAAGCUAGAGGCUCAAACACUCGAGUCACUCCUUGUCUCGGGUGAUCUCAACUACGUUCUCGGAAAAGAUGGGGCUAAGGUGCUUGUGUCUGAUCUGGUGGGGAAGAACAUUCUUUUGUACUUCUCAGCUCACUGGUGUCCUCCAUGUCGCGCUUUUACACCAAAGCUUGUUGAAGUUUACAAGCAGAUAAAGGAGAAGGAUGAAGCGUUUGAGCUCAUCUUCCUCUCAAGUGACAGGGACCAGGAAUCAUUCGAUGAGUACUACUCGCAAAUGCCGUGGCUGGCUCUUCCAUUUGGUGAUCCUAGGAAAGCGUCUUUGGCACGGACCUUUAAGGUCGGUGGCAUCCCAAUGCUAGCGGCUCUCGGACCAACUGGGAAAACCGUUACAAAAGAAGCAAGGGACCUCGUGGGAGCACAUGGAGCUGAUGCUUACCCUUUUACUGAGGAACGUAUAAAGGAAAUUGAAGCCAAGUACAAUGAGAUGGCAAAAGAGUGGCCUGCGAAGGUGAAACAUGCGCUUCAUGAAGAACAUGAGCUAGAGCUGACUCGUGUUCCGGUUUACAUAUGUGAUAAGUGUGAUGAAGAAGGGCAAAUCUGGUCUUACCAUUGUGACGAGUGCGACUUCGAUCUUCAUGCCAAGUGUGCUUUGAAAGAGGAUGCGAACAUAAACGGCGAUGAUGCUGUGAUAGAAGGUGGUGGCGAGUCCAAAGAUGGUUGGGUUUGUGACGGAAACGUGUGCACUAAGGCCUAAUAUUAUUUGUUCAGACUCAGUUAUAUGUAUGCUGAGCUAAUUUUCCUUUCCCUUGUAUAACAAAUAAGAGUGAGAAAGUGUGGUGUCAAAACUGAGUAGAAAUACUCGUUGUUCUUAUAUUUAACGUUCCUUGUUUUAAUUUGAGAAAAC